AUGGGACGAGAGAAGACAAAGGUCCCCGAGGAAGCAGAGGACCUCCUGGAUGCCUCCCAGGACCCCGUGCCUGACACCAACCACCUGGCUCCCUCCAAUAAGGAGACUGUCAUGGUCACUCUACAUGGAGCUACCAACCUUCCCAUGUGCAAGGAUGGCUCUGAGCCACAGCCCUAUGUGGUGGUGCAGACUCCCAGUGAGAAAACCAACAACCAGAGCUCCAAGGCAGUCACCUCUAUGACCUCAGAACCCACCAGAGCCCCCAUCUGGGGAGAUAUGAUGAAAGUAGAGAUUCAAGCUGAGGAUGCUGGCCAAGAAGAUGUGGUACUCAUGGUGAUGGACAAUAAUCAAGAGGAGCUGGCGUCCUAUGAAAUCCCCAUUAAAUACCUGCGUGUCUUCCACCCUUACCACUUUGAUCUGAGAAAGUCUGAGAAAACUGAUGAAGCCACUGCCAAGACACGAGUAUACGCCACUGUGGUUCGGAAGGGCAGUUUCAUUCCCUGAGUCAUUGGUUGUGACCACACGGCUCUCGAGGUCUUUCUCCAGGGAGCCAACGAGCUCCUGGUCAACAACCCCAACCCCAUGGUGGUGACUGCCCGGAUGGUUCCCAGCUAUGCUAAGUUUAAGGCCAGUCAGACAAGGCAGGACCCCACCUCCAGGGGGCUUCCCCUUACCCAGCUCUCCUUCCCCACCUCAUCACCUAUGGACUUUGAUGUGCCUCAAGUCAGCCAGAAUGGGUGUCCUCAGCUGUCCAAGCCUGGGGGACCCCCAGAGCAGCCCCUGUGGAAUUAGUCCUUCCUCUUCCAAGGCCGAGAUGGAGCCACCAGUUUCUCAGAGGAUACAGCUCUGGUGCUGGAGUACUACCCCUCUGCCUCAAUGAAAGGCAGCAAGCCAUGGACCUUCAGCCAGCCCCUGGGAACCUCUGUGUUGCCACUGACACCCCAUCUAUAUCGAAAGAUGCUGACAGGAAAAAGUUUGAAUGGGCUGCAUGUGGAGAGGCUCCCCAUCACUAGCACCUACCUAAAAACCAUCAGUGGUGAGGCUCCCACAGUGGAUACCUCCUUCCAGUUGCUUUCCUCUGAGAAACCAGAAAACUUCCUGACACCAGAUAACAGCAAGGUUCUGCCCACUCUGAACCCCAAGAUCCUAGAUGAGAAGCUAGGCACCAUCCAUGAGUCCUGGUCCAGGAGCUCCUCCGACUCCUCUCAGGAAACAGAAGAGUCUCAGACAUUCCAUGACGUGGAGAUGAACAACUACCGGCGGGCCAUGCAGAAGAUGGCAGAGGACAUCCUGUCUCUGCGGAAGCAGGCCAACAUCCUGGAGGGGGAGAACCGCAUGCUGAGGAGCCACUUGACCCAGCAAGACAUGGAAGAAGAGCAGAGCAGAGCUGAAGAGGAGAGCCUGGUGGUGUCCAUGAAGCAGAAGCUGCUGCUGAGAGAUCUGGAUAUGAAGAGACUUCGGGACAGGGUACAGCACCUGCAGAAUGAGCUGAUUCGGAAGAAUGAUCGAGAGAAGGAACUGCUGCUUCUAUACCAGGCUCAGCAGCCACAGGCUGUGCUACUAAAACAGUACCAGGACAAGCUGCAGAAGAUGAAGGCGCUGGAGGACACCGUGUGGCACCAGGAGAAGGUGAUUAAGAAGAUGGAGCAGGUGCUAGAGGACAGGCUGCAUGAGAGGAAGGAGACUGCACUACAGAACAGGCCACCAGGAAAACCCAAUAUGGCACCUGGCAUACACCUGGGCCCCAUGGGAGAGAACCUGCCUAUUGAUCUCUACAUGGUUCUGCUAGCAGAAAACACCAGGUUGCGGGCAGAGCUGGAAAAGAACCACCAGCAGCCAGCCCCCAUCAUUCUGCAGCAACAGGCCCUGCCGGAUCUCCUUGGCAGUACUUUGGACAAGUUUAACCUUCUGGCCAAGCUGGAACAAGCUCAUAGUCGGAUCUUAUCCCUGGAAAACCAGCUAGAGGACUCAGCUCGACGCUGGGGACGAGAGAAACAAGACCUGGCCACACGGCUACAGGAGCAACAACACGGCUUUGGGCAUUCCUCAAACUCCAUCAUUAUAGGUCGACCUAAUGCUUCAAACCACUCUAAGGACCUCCAGCAUCCCUCCAAGCCAGAACCUCUGCUGCCCAGCUCAGACACGAAGCUCAACAGGCCCUCAAACCUCAAGAUUGAAACCUCUAACCCUCAGCAGACCUGAGCCUGGAGCAGGCCUCCUUCCCCAUGUGCUGAGGAGUUAACCUC